UCCGAGGAAGAUGGCUUUGUUGGUGUCUGCUGUUGAUUUUUGCUUUUUCUCCUUGCUGAUGCUUCUCUCUGGCACUAGAAAAGGUGAGACAGCUCGAUUCCUUGUGUCUAUGCCAGCUGAACUGGAAGCAGCAGUUGGAGAGACAGCUGUAAUCACAUGCGUGCCAUCCAUUUCAGAGGCAUUCAAUAUCACCUACGUACAGUGGUUCUCAAGUGACAGAGGUAGUAGGCAGAGAAUUUACUACAUGGAUCAAAAUGAAAACUCUACAGAUAAAAAUACUGGCUACACUAACCGAAUUUCAGUGUCUGAUGACUUCACCCUCACCAUCUCACCAGUAACUCUGCAAGAUGAGAGAAGUUUCCUGUGUCAGAUUGGAGCAGGGCCAGCUGGGAAUGGAGAGAACAAGACAGAACUCCGAAUCUACAAAUCUCCUAGUCUUCCUGUUGUUCAUGUAUCGGAUAAAGGAAUCUCUGUGAAUGACGAAAGGCCUGAGAUUGCAACUUGUGUCACUAAGAAUGGCUACCCUACUCCAAACAUCACAUGGUACAAAGAUCGUACUCCAAUGAAAGACAAUGAUGAAACGAGGAUCUCUGCAUCAGUGGUAAAAGAAUCAAGUGGCCUUUACACAGUUAGUAGUACUCUGUACCACAGAGUCACAAAAGAGGAUCGAAUAGAAAAAUUCUACUGUGAGGUGAGCUAUCGAAUGCCAGGGGCAGACAAAAUGAUGGAGUCUGAAAGAGUGAACCUAACGCUACACUACCCCACAGAAGAAGUGAAUGUGAUGGUGGUAUCACCCACUGAUGAGAUAAGAGAAGGAGAUAAUGUGACAAUUAAGUGUAAAGGGGACGGAAAUCCAGAGCCUGAAGUCUCAUUUUUUAAAAUAAAGGAAGGUGAGGAUGAUGAAGAGAUGGAGUCUAAUGAGGACACCCUGAUUCUAUCUGAUGUCAAGAGGACAGACAGUGGGAGAUAUGAGUGUCGGACCUUUGAUCUUCUCUACAGUACAGAGGUCUCUGCUGCCAUAACGCUGGUUGUAAACCAUCUGAGUGAAGUAAUGUUGACUCCAGAAAAGCCUACAGACGUGAUGUUGGGGGGAAACCUGACUAUCUACUGUAAUGCGCUCGGAUCUCAAAAGACAUCUGUUAUUUGGAAAAAAAAGAAUCAUGUGGUGGCAAAGACGAACGCUUUAACUUUGACUGAUGUCACUUAUCAGUCAGCAGGUGAUUAUACCUGUGAGGUGACAAUGCCCUCCGUCCCUAGACUUAGCAGGAAGAAAGCUACUCGUGUAAUAGUGAAAGGAGCUCCAGAAUUUGAGUUAAAGGCGGAUGAACUCUGGGUGCAUGAAGGAGAAAUAGUUAAUGUAACCUGCAAGGCUAUGGGAUACCCUCGGCCAGAAAUCACUUGGAGCAUUAAUGGUACAAUGACACAAAAAAAUGUAAAUCAUCACACCAGCGCUGGGCACCUUUCUCUGCAAGUCACACAGGAACUAGCUGCUGCAGGAGUCUCCUGCACCGCUUCAAACUCUCUGGGCAGCGUAAACAAGAAGAUCUCCUUCCAGCUACAUGUUGUCACAAUCCCUCCAACAUCCGCCCCAGUGUCUGCUAAAGCGCCAUUGCAGAAAGAGAGUAAGGGCAUCAUCAUUGUCGUUGUCAUUGUCUGCAUUCUUGUUUUUGCCAUUCUGGGUGCUGUACUGUAUUUCCUGUACAAGAAAGGCAAAAUCCCAUGUGGUCGCUCAGGGAAAAAAGACAUCACAAAGACAAAUGGAAGCAAAGAUGAUAUUGUAGUAGAAAUGAAGACCGACAAAACAGCUGAACAAACAGGGCUUCUUCAAGGAAUGAAUGGAGAAAAGAAGCCUGUUGGUGACCAGGGUGAAAAAUACAUCGACCUGAGGAGCUAAGAUACAAAAGCACAGACUACAGACUCUAAAUAUGUCCCCCUUUCUAUGUCUUCUGUCUUCUCCCAACUUCUGCAUUUCUUGAGUGUGGUCUCCUGCCUUUCCUGGACAGCCACACCAUAUGGCAAAAUCAAUUGCCUGCUUUGAAAACACUGGGCAUUCUGCACUGAAGCCAACUUCCUGCUGAGAUUGUCUCUUUCUGCUGAUGAACACUGGAAGAUGAACUCGGACAGGCUUUUCAUGCCAGCCAGCCUCAGUCUGAAAGGAAUGUGCUGUAACCCCAUGCAGGGGAUAUUUAAAGAAUUCUGUUCUUAUGUUUGCAGUUAUACAGCUCUGCAGAUUUUUGGGGGGUGAAGAAGGAUGUUUACCCUCUAUUCAAUGCAUCUGCAGCACAUCUGGUAUUUUCUAAUUGUUUUGGAAGAUUUAAAUUGCAGUAUUACUGUCCUUUCCUCUGUGGGCGCUGGCAAGCCCAUUGUAUUGUCGAUGUUUAGGCUGACAGCAGGGCUUGGGCCCCAGUGAAUGGAGAGGGCCCUAUGCAGUCUAUUUACACAGUCUUACUGUUAACUGUUUAAAAUGAGAGUUACGGCAAGACAUGAACAGAGCUUGCAAGACACAGGUGAGCUGUUUGUAUAUGAAGCACCACUUUUAGUUUCCAGACUUAUUACUGUAUGACACAAACAUUUUGUUAGAUCAUAGAGAAAUAGCUAAUGCCUCUUCCUAGCUAAACUGCAGACCCAAAGAAAUCAAUUAAUUUUGAAAAGUCAGUGUUUCCUUUAGUUCCAGGAAAUUACGUUUGUUAUUUUGCUUGGAUACAACACCUACAGUUAAAACAAUUAUGCUUUGGUUUGUGCUGGAAUUAUAACAUUUCCUGUGAUACAUUUUACAAAGUUGAAUCCCCCAACUCUUGUCAUUAGGUCAUAAGGUGUAAACUGACUCAUGAAGCAAAAGUUGGUCAUUAAGAAUCUGCAACCAACUUGUUUACCCUGUGCUGGUCAAGUUAAGAGUUAUCAGGGCUUCUAAUUUGGAAAGAGCAGUGUUUUCAGUAGCAUGAUUGUAAAAAUCAGUUUGAAUCUA